AUUUUCGUCUCCUUCUCGUUCCCUGCCCGCCCUCAUCAUCACCACCACCACCACCACCCUCACCACCGAAACCACCUCGCCGUCCUCCUCCAUCCGCACGGCGCGCGGCGGCAGCAGCAGCAGCAGCAACCUCAUCAACACUCGUUCCACUCCACUGCCCGUCCGUGCCACGACCGCCCUCCGCUCUACGCUGUGUCCUCCGCUGCUCUGCUGUGCAUCGCAUCUCAGGUCGACCAGCAGCCUGUGCUCGUCCUCACUACGCCAGCCCCCCCGUCAAGCGGCGGCACACGGCUCUCACUACCCCGGCACGAUUGGAUAGCUGGUCUCUCCACACGCGCUCUCGUUCUUCAAAUCUCUCGUCACGCCCGCUGUGCAGAGAUUCUGCCCCUCCACCAUCAACGUGGCCCCCAAUACGGAAUUUGCGGCUCCACGGAAUCGCGGCGACUACUCCAAGAUGUCCGAUAUUGAGAAGAUGAUCGGUGGCGACUACGCCCAGCUCACCAACACCAACAUUCGCAGUUUCGGCUGGAAAGGCGUCACGGUCACAGUCAAGGACAGGCAGUCACAGCAACCCAAGACCAUCCUGUCCGAUAUCCAUGGCAUUGUCAAGGCUGGCGAAUUGCUCGCCUUGAUGGGACCAUCUGGUUCCGGCAAGUCCACUCUUUUAAACGUACUGGCUCAUCGCACUCACUCACUGGCGGCCAAUGUCAAGGCCGCCAUCUACAUCAAUGGCUCCGCGGCCAACCCAAAAACAUUUCGUCGUAUUUCAGCAUACGUCGAGCAGGAGGACGCCCUGGUCGGUUCCCUCACUGUGCGAGAAACUUUGAACUUUGCCGCUCGCUUGUCGCUGCCCUCAACGGUCAGCAAACUGGAGCGCAUCCAGCGAAUCGAAGCGUUGCUCACGGCUUUCGGUCUCAAAGGCCAAGCCAACAACUUGAUCGGAACGCCCAUUAGGAAGGGCAUUUCUGGUGGUCAGAAGCGCCGUGUUUCAGUCGCGGCCCAGUUGAUCACCAGCCCGAAACUACUUUUCCUCGAUGAGCCCACGUCCGGUCUUGACUCUGCCGCCUCGUUCGAGGUCAUCUCCUUCGUCAAAGACAUCGCGAAGAAGCACAACUUGAUCGUGAUCGCCUCGAUACAUCAGCCUUCAACCUCCACUUUUGCCAUGUUUGACAAGCUCCUUCUGCUUUCCCAGGGUGGGACUGCAUACAGUGGUCCUGUAUCAGAGGUACAGCCUUACUUCGAUGCCUGUGGAUUUCCCAUUCCACUCUACAUGAAUCCCGCAGAAUUCAUCAUCGACUUCGUCAAUACGGAUUUUGCCCGCGAUCGAAGCGAAGUGGAUCAACAGCUUAACAUGGUGCAUUCAUCAUGGCACAAGUCUCGACUCGCCACUGCCACCGUCACCGAACUGACCGAUGAGAUGGCUCGCAACUCCAUGGAUACCGAUGUGACUGCCGACACGAAGGAAGAGGCUGCUGGCAAAUUCGCGAUUCCCAUGGCCUUGGUCCACAGAUCGUUCAUCAAGUCGUACCGUGAUAUCAUCGCCUAUGGCAUUCGUAUCGCAAUGUACAUGGGCCUCGCCGUCAUGAUGGGUACAGUUUGGCUCCGUCUCAACCCAGAUCAGGGUAAUAUCCAGUCCUUCAUCAACGCCAUCUUCUUCGGUGGUGCGUUCAUGUCGUUCAUGGCUGUGGCAUAUAUUCCGGCAUUCCUCGAGGAUCGUGCUCUGUUCAUCAAGGAGCGCGCCAACGGUCUCUAUGGUCCCAGCUCCUUUUUGCUCGCAAAUUUCAUUACAGGAAUACCGUACCUGUUCCUGAUCUCUAUGCUGUUCUCCAUUGUGGCAUAUUGGUUAUCAAACUUCCGACCUACUGCCGAGGCGUUCUUCACAUGGGUCAUGUGGCUUUUCCUGGAUCUCAUUGCCGCCGAGUCUCUCGUGGUCCUGAUCAGCUCCCUGAUUCCCAUCUUCGUCGUCGCCCUGGCAGGUACAGCUUUCGCCAACGGCCUCUGGAUGUGCACAGGAGGUUUCCUUGUGCCUCCCCAGACCCUCAAUCCGUUCUGGCGCUAUGUCUUCCAUUACAUUGACUACCAAUCCUACGUCUUUCAAGGCAUGAUGGUCAAUGAGUUUGGCAAGCGUAACUUCACUUGUGGCACAAACUCACAAGGUGAAUGCUCAUGUCUUUACGAGACAGAGCUUGCACACCAAUGCCUGAUUGCUGGAACCGGCGUUCUCAAGAACUAUGGUUACAAGACAGGCGAGACUGGCAAAUGGGUUGGCAUCAUGAUUGGCAUCAUUUGCGGCUACAGACUACUUGGAUGGUUGACACUCUCCUUGCGCAAGAACUGAGCUAAGCUUCAAGCUCUCUCUUCUUAACGUCAAGUGCUACGAAAUGUGAGCGAAAAUUUACUGCACCAUGAAUGUAUAAUCACCUGGAUAGUCUUGUUUUACAUUGGGAUCACGAAUGGGGUCAACAGGACAAAAGGCGCCAUUAGGGGCGUUAGACAGCCAGAUAUUACAAUGUUACUCUCUUUUAUCACUCUAC